CCUAUUCAACUAUUAGCGAACCGACAGUAAUCAUUCUUAGCCUUUUGCACUCACCAAACUCUUCUUAUCAACGAGGCAAGCGGUAAUUCCCAGCGAGGAUCAGUUAUCAGCUGCGGUUCUAUGUGACGAGCGGAGCAAGUGACACUACGGAAGUUACGGACAGUUUCUUGGGUUUCUUAUUAUUUCGGUGGCACACAGGAAGCAGAUCUUUCAAGAUGUCUGCUUGGAAUGGAGUUGCUGGAAGCCGCUGUUUACUGCUUCUGUUGGCGGUGGCCUGUACACUGCCGAGUGGAAUCGAAUCGAUCCCAUCCAGGCGCCAGUGUCUGAUUGCGAGGGAUGAGUUGUCCAAUCUGAUGGACCUGUUGAACAACAUGGACGAACCCUACGACGAAUACUCAGAGCAAGAAGGCUUUGAAGACCUGGAAGAUAGCAAUACCCCAUCCUGCAGCAGCAAGCUGGAGAAGAUACGCACAUCUGUCAAAGAAUUGCAUAAAAACUAUCAUGUGUUGAAGCAGAUCCGGCAAGAUGAUCCCAUUUCGAACUAUCGAAUGUCCAAAUAUAGGUACGAGUCAAAACUGCGAGAUCUAAACCAAACGCUGUCUGAGCUCGUGCCGCAGGUGAGCAACCAGAAUUUGACUGCACUGAACCAACUGCGCCGUAAGGUGAAGGAGGUCGAGAUCAAGCUGGCUAAGAGCGUGAAAAAUCUUCAGAGGCAAAGGGAAGAAACUGCCUUGGCGCUAUCGACGACAGUUAUUGAAAAAAUUCGUACAAAAUCUGUGGACGCAGCUAUUGCCGAGUUCAAAGAACUCGCAUUGCGCAGUGAAGAUCCAUUUCGUAUAAUCGUCCCUAGGGUGUAUCGCGGUACAGAUGACGAGGCAACGAAGAUGAUCGACUUUCUGGAAAAGGUUGAUUUCAACGAUCGUCCUAUCGGGGGAUACGAGGUGCUAGUCGAUGCAAUGAUUGUUCAGAAUAAACUUGAAGGCGAGAACGCAGUGCGUAUACUGAAGCAUAUUCAGGCCAUCAUCAUGGCGCGGGUCGGUCAACAGCAUGAACGCGCCAUAGCCCUGCUAAAGAGGUUCCGAACGAAGGCUCACUAAUGUACAACACGAUCUUCUGUUUCUAUACAAUACAAUUACUGUUGUUCAAUUUCUUUCAACUUUCUAAGCAGAUCCGGCAAUAAAAGGCUAGUAAAAGAUAUUUCGUUUCA